AUGCAGACCAGGAUUGAAUGGGGGUCGAGGUAUGACUGUGACAAACUGCCCCAGCGCAAGGCCAAUGCCUGCACAGGCGACCAGGAUUGGGAUGGAGUUGGAGAUGACUGUGACAACUGCCCAGGUGCCAAUGCCAUGUGCACUAUGGCAGACCGGAUGGGGAUGAAUCAAGCGGAUUCUGAUGCAGAUGGGAAAGGGGAUGUGUGUGAUACAGCGACUACAACAACAACAACAGCACCAACGACGACAAGCACAUCCACGUCACUUGCGGUGUGUGACACAAGUGCCCUGAAGACGGCGUUAACAUCAUUGCUAAGCCUUCUUGAGAACAGUCAGACGAAACUGGGACUACUGAUCUCUGCACUGAAGGCUCUCAAUUCCACAGGCAGCACCAUAUCUCAGACGCUAUCAGAUACCAUCACAACAACACUGUCAAACUUCACGACUGUUGCCAGCAACGCCAAAGAUGAUGUCAGCAGCGUUAUAACGGCAGUCCAGAGUACAACCACCUGUACAGUGUCGACCGUGACGUCAGCAAGCAGCCAGUUCACUUCCCUUAUCUCAACGACCGACGCCAUCACAAAUCAGCUGUCAUCGAGUACUCUAACCAGAGCUACAGUAACUGCAGUACAAACAAUAAUUGAAGUUGUCAUAACGAAGAAAGACAGUAUUGUCACGAUAAUUAAGAUAAUAAUAAGAAUUAUAUAUGAAUACCUCGAUAUAACAACCACUUCAAUUAAAUCUACAACAAGAGCAAUCACAACUACUACGCCUGAACCUACUCCAACAGCAUCAACGACCACAACUAAAUUCACUCCCAUACAGUCCACAGUAACAACAACACCUAUACCUAUUUCCAAACAGCCUACAACAACACCUAUACCUAUUUCCAAGCAGCCUACAACAACACCUAUACCUAUUUCCAAACAGCCUACAACAACACCUAAACCUAUAUCCAACCUACCAACAACAACUUGUACCUUUUCCAAGCAGCCUACAACAACACCUAUACCUAUUUCCAAGCAGCCUACAACAACACCUAUACCUAUUUCCAAGCAGCCUACAACAACACCUAUACCUAUUUCCAAGCAGCCUACAACAACACCUAUACCUAUUUCCAAGCAGCCUACAACAACACCUAUACCUAUUUCCAAGCAGCCUACAACAACACCUAUACCUAUUUCCAAGCAGCCUACAACACUUCACUCUACUUCCACACAGUCCGUAACAAAACCUGAACCUACUCCAACAGGCUCCACAACAAAACCCAGUUCUACUCCCACCCAGUCUAUUAACACGACUCCCACUUCUUCAACAUUAUCAACUGACAAAGUUACCACUACAACUGUGAAGCCAGUUGUCACUAAGAUUAUCAGUCCUACGCCACACAUGAACAAAACAACGGUGUCAUCGACACCAGAAAUUCUCCUUCCAUCCAAAAUUACAAUCGACACCGUCUUCAACACAACAAUCGAGCCUCCAAUCCCUGUCAUAACUGUCCCUUCUGAAAUGAUCGUCACUCAUUUCAACGACUCAAUCAACAUAACAAUACUUUCGAUCACGGAGGCGAUGCUGCCUGAUUCUUCGGUUGGAGAUAACACGAAAUUUACCACCAGACUGAACACGACUAUUACCAUUCCAGCUAAUGAAGAUAUCAUUGUGCCUACUUUCUUCCGACUUUCUCUAGAUAUUAAUGUCCAAACCCCAGACUCAACAACGGCCACAAUGCCGGCAUCAGUCGAGCCUUUAAACGUAAGUAAUUUGCUACAAAUUACCAUUCCCACUGAGGAAGUAACAACAGCUCCAACAAUAGUACCUCUGACCACCUUGCCUCCCAUCUUCCUUAACGACGCAUCAGAAUCAGCAGCUGCAAGGAUUAAGAGAGAUAUUAUUACUAAUGACACAUUGUUCCAGAAUCUCAUCGUCAACACGACCAUAGUAACCACCAUUACACCAGCUGCAACGCCCACGAAUCCUAACCCACAGCCUACUAUCAUCACCACAGUAUUGGUGUCAAACGUAACCGAAAAGCUGGUCUGGGAAACUCUUCAACCUUCGGACAUUAGCGUCAACGUAACUUCACUGAUCCUUACACCGGACAGUAUCACAAAAACUCCAGCUACCACGUUCACCCCAACGCCCUGA